AUGUAUGGCGAUUGUAGUAGUCCUAAUGGUUGCUCUAAAUGCAAACGAAAGCAUCACACUCUAAUGCAUAGAGAAUUCAUAAAGAAACCUAUUCAAAAUCAGACUAAUUCUUCUCAAAGUGAAGUUCAAAAUUCUCAAAACAUUGUUCCCCAACCACAAUCAUCAAACAUUGCAGGUCCGUCUGGAAUAGUUCAAUCGCAUCACACAUCUGUUUCUAAAAAAGUUAUGUUAGCUACAGCUUGGGUCAAUAUUAUUAAUGGUGGUAUUUUUUAUAAAGCUCGUGCUCUUAUAGAUCCUUGCUCUGAUGAGAGUUUUAUUUCUGAAAAACUGCAAAAAUUAUUAAAGUUGCCCACUAACCCUGUUUCAGCAGAAAUUACUGGCCUUGGUGGCGACAUUAUAAGUAGAUCAUCUAAAAUAGCAUCCUUUGUAAUUACCUCUGUUUAUGAUCCACAAUUAUCCGUUAAUGUACAAGCAUUAGUAGUCUCUCGUGUAACUGGAAAUGUUCCAACGCAUUCAUUCAAUCCAGUAGAUUAUGAAAACUUACCUAAACUAAAUUAUGCAGAUCCAAAAUUUUUUAAAUGUGAUCAAAUUGAUCUCUUGUUAGGAGGAGAUUUAUAUCCUUUAAUACUUCGUGGUGGAGUAAAACAUGGAAUUUUUGAGUCCUUAGUUGCCCAAGAAACCAUUUUUGGUUGGAUUAUUACAGGUCCAACCCCAAAUAAUGUUUCCCCUCGUAUAUUAAGAGUGUCUCAUAUGAUAAAAGUUACAAUUAAUGACCAUUUGACAAAAUUUUGGGAAUUAGAGGAAGUUUCUCAUAAGAAAAUUUUAUCAGAAGAGGAUAAAAAAUGUGAAGAAAUAUAUCGCUCUACUACCACUCGGGAUUCUGAAGGAAGAUAUACUGUCAGUUUGCCCUUUAAAAACAGUUUUAAGUCACUUGGUCCAAAUAGACAUAUUGCUCUUAGUCAAUAUUUAAGAAGUGAGAAAAUGCUACUACGUAAACCUGAAUUUAAGGCCCAGUAUGAUGAGGUCCUAAAAGAAUAUUUAUCACUAGGACAUAUGGAAAUGCUUGAAAAUACGUCAUAUGGUUCAGGAUAUUAUUUACCUCAUCAUGGUGUUUUUAAGCCAGAAAGUACAACUACAAAAUUAAGAGUAGUAUUUAAUGCCUCUUGCAAAUCAUCUACUGGCAAAAGUCUGAAUGAUUUGUUGUACACUGGCCCAAUUUUACAAACAGAUUUAGUAGCUCUAAUAUUAAAAUGGAGAUUUUAUGAGUUUGUUUUUAACGCUGACAUCUCAAAAAUGUAUCGUCAGAUCUAUAUAAAACAAGAACAUAAAGCAUUCCAGAAAAUUUUGUUUCGUAGUUCUGAUAAUAAGGAAAUUGAAGAUUUUCAAUUAAAAACAGUUACAUUCGGUGUAAAUUGUGCCCCAUAUUUAGCUCUUAGGACCCUGCUUCAAUUAGCUGAUGAUGAAGAGCAAACUUUUCCCCUUGGCUCACAAAUUCUUCGUGAAUUUAUGUAUGUAGACGAUGCUCUAGUAGGAGCUCAUUCUAUAUCAGACGCUCUAGAGGCAAGAAACCAAUUAAUUGGUAUAAUGAAUACUGCAGGGUUUGAGUUAAGAAAAUGGACCUCAAACAGCAAGCAAAUUUUAAAAAAUCUGCACGAAAGUCAUCUUCUAAAUUCAUCCUUUUUGUCGCUCGAUGAUAAAAGCACUACGAAAAUGCUUGGCGUUCGUUGGAAUGCAGCUGGUGAUUAUUUUUAUUUUUAUGCUGAGAAAAUAGGACUAAAGACAAGUUAUACAAAACGAGAAGUUCUUUCAGUUAUAGCUCGUCUUUUUGAUCCUGCAGGAUGGUUAGCUCCUGUAGUGAUCACAGCUAAAAUAUUAAUGCAAAAUAUGUGGCUCGAUAAAAUCGAGUGGGAUGAUUGUAUUAAACCAUUAACGUUAAAAAAAUGGCAAGAUUUCAUUUCAAAAUAUAAUGAUAUAAAUUACAUUAAGCUUUCUCGGUGGGUACAGUUUAGUCCAAAUUAUAAAAUUGAAUUUCAUGGCUUUUGUGACUCAUCAGAAUUAGCAUAUGCAGCCAAUAUUUACGUAAGGGUAGAAACUAAUUGUAACGUCUAUACAAAUUUGCUCGUUUGCAAAACAAAAGUAGCUCCGAUAAAAAAGCCAUCUUUGCCCCGUUUGGAAUUGUGUGGAGCAGUCCUUUUAGCAAAUUUGAUCGAAAGUGUAAUUCCAAAUUUGAAUAUUAAUUUGUAUUCCCUAUAUUUGUGGUCCGACUCAACGAUAGUUCUUGCGUGGCUACGAAAGCCUCCUUGUACUUGGAAAACCUUUGUAGCAAACAGAGUAGCCACAGUACUAGUUUCUGGUUUCACAUAG